AGAGCUGGAAACAAACAUCAGUGAAGAAUGAUGAAUUUAGUACAGCAUCAGGUAGAUGGAGGACUCAAUGAGAAUGAGAUCAGUCAACAGCUCAGAUCUGAGGACGGAGGACAGAAUACACCUCAAACAGACACUUCGAGAGAUGAAGCUUCAACUGACAGCCGACAAAACUACCAUCUGUUCUUCACUGACAUCCAUGCAGCGCUGAGAGAACUGACCGCCACAGUUACAGAGCAGAAAACCAUCAUCAGAGAACUGACCGCCACAGUUACAGAGCAGAAAACAAACAUCAGAGAACUGACCGCCACAGUUACAGAGCAGAAAACACACAUCAGAGCUUUAGAAACGCGAUUGAGGGAUGCGGAGAAGGCUGCAGAACAACAGACGUUUAUUCUGGAAGAGCUGAACAAGAAAAAUGAUGAAAUAUCAAAUCUUACUCUGGGUCAAGUGGAGUUGAGAAAGGAAAAUAGAGACAGAAAAAUAGCUUUUUCAGCGGGACUGAUUUCAUCUGGCUAUUUAGAAAUUGGUCCUAUUACCACUGAUAUCACACUCACCUACAGGAAAGUCUUCACAAACAUAGGGAACUCCUACAACCCAAUCACAGGUAUUUUCACAGCGCCGCUGAAAGGAGCGUACAUGUUCAGAAUCUCUGUACAUGGUAAUGGCGAAACUGCAGCAAAUGCAGCCAUCUUUAAGAAUGGAGAGCAUGUGGUUAUUGCACAUGAUGAACAGGCUCCGGCUCAGGGAAAGAAAAACUUGAAAAACUCCUCGAAUGGAGCUGUGUUGAUUCUGGAGGCUGGAGAUGUCGUCUAUGUGAGACUUAGGUCAAAUGGGAGUAUAGCAGAUAACCACGAAAACUACAACACUUUCAGUGGUUUCCUACUGUUUCCCUUAAGAUAAGAUGAGCUUUGCAGAAUGUGAUUCCAAUAAUACUGAACCUUCAGUGUAUGAUUUAAAAUGGAAAUCAUGAAGAAUCAUUAACAAAUGAAUCUGUAUUAAUGAGAACUAAUGUGUGU